AUGAACUUAUGGCUUUUGACAAUAAUCUUAGCCAUUGCGGCUGAAAUAAUCACUGUAUCAUCAAAAAAGGCUUUGCAAACCAAAAAAGAGGACUUUAAUAGCACAGAUAAGAAUAAGCCGAAACAAUCGUCUUCAAAAGGAAUAAUUAAUCAAAUAUGGAUAAAAGUAAAACGAUUAGUCGAAGAAGUAUACAACAAAACUUUUUGGGCAACCGCAGGAUUUUUUGAUGGCAAGCACUCAUACACAUGGAAAUUAUUCGGAAAAACAAUCCGAAUUGUGAUGCCACGAAGCGAGAAAGAGAUUAAAAAGCAACUAGCUACUAUCCAGAAAUUAAUUCGUGAAAAUCCUACCGAACGAUGCCUUAUAGUAAUUUGUGUGAACAUAGUGUAA